AUGUUGCCGUUGAGCCCAUGGCAGCGCAGGAGCAUGACCCAUGGGAACACGAGCGACGAGCCCGGACGACGACCAGCGGCCGAAGUGGUCUCGGUGGAGUCGCCGCAGAGCAUGCUUCUGACGUCCGAGCAAAACACCAUCAUGCGUUUGCCCAACUACAGUUCGUUCAUGCGCCAGCAGGAAAGCCUUCAGGCUCUGCUGGUGGAUAUUCACCAAGACCCGGACGGCUUCACGGAUUUUGUUGAGGCUAGGAGAAGUGAAAUCAACCCGGUAGGGGAGGCAAGCGUCUCGAACGUCACGUCGGCGCUGGAGAGCUUGUCCGACUACGCGAACCUUACGCAGAUCGGAAGUGGUCGAUUUUCCGUGGUUUUUUACGCCGAAUCGAAGAAGACAGGACGACCGUGCGCCAUCAAGCGCAUCCCGCUGGCCAACCCGCAGCAGGAUGAAGGGGGCGGCGGGGGGACAUCACCUUCGCCGCGAGACGCGCAGGCAGAAAAAAGCAAAGCAACGGCAUCAACAAUAGCAACGAAAGCAACAGCGGCGCCAAGGGUGGUGACGGCAGAGGAGGUUGGGGGCGAGGGCGAGGGCGUGGCCGGGGACGGGGAGCGGAGGGGCAACUUGCGCAAGUAUAUGACUUACGAGACAUGCGUGAAGGAGGUUGGGCUCUUGAAGAACUUGGCCAGCCCGAAUAUCGUCAAGCUCCACACAUGUUUUCUCGACCACAACGCGUUGUGGGUGGUGAUGGACUGGAUGGACGGUGGAGACCUCAAAGGAGUGCUGAGGCGCACGAAGCAGGCGGGGCAACGCCUGGACGAGAUAACCGUGUGGGGCUACUUCACGCAGAUCUGCGACGCGCUGCUUCACAUGCACGGGGAGCGGAUCAUCCACAGAGACGUCAAACCCGCCAACGUGUUCGUGUCUCGCGAUGGGAUCGUCAAGCUGGGGGAUCUGGGGCUAGGCCGAUACCUGAGCGCCCGUAGCGUGCUGGCCAUGUCCCAAGUGGGAACCCCUCUCUAUAUGAGCCCCGAGACGCUUAAGGGCCAGGGCCACGACAUGGGUUCGGACAUCUGGUCCCUGGGCUGCGUCCUGUACGAGCUGGCCCAGCUCGAGUCGCCUUUCGCGGGCAAGCACCUCACCAUGAAGACCCUGUUCCGGAAGAUCGUGCAAGCGGAGUAUCCACCACUGGACUGCAAGAUUUACAGCCCGUGCCUGACCAACCUGGUGGCCCAUCUCCUCAUGCCAGAUCCCACCAUUCGCCCCAGGAUUGAAAUGGUACGCUUGGCCUGGUGGCCCAUCUCCUCAUGCCAGAUCCCACCAUUCGCCCCAGGAUUGAAUUGGUUCAUCCAGCGGCUCAGCUGGCGUUUGAAGCAACCCUCAAAGGGAUUGAGGUAA